AUGGCACCAACCACGCCCCCUUCUCAUCUAGAAACAUCCCUUAAAUCACAGGCAUAUCCCAUCAUCCUCCGCAACGUCACCCUGUCCGACGCCCCAGCACUAGCCGCACUACUCUCAGACCACCGCAACACGCUCUUUGAGAGCCCCAACCCGCCGCCGCAGAUGCCCGUCUCCACAGCAGAGAUGGUCAUCACGCGGAUGCGCGAAAGUGCCGCCGCGCCAAGUGUUCUCGGCGCGGACGGCAGGGUGACUUCCGGCCCGGGACGGGUGAACCUCUCGGUGGUGUACGUCUCCCCUGACGGCAGCACGGAUAAGAUGAUUGGCCUCGCGGGGUUCGGGUCCAUCAAAGACCUCGACGAUGCGGCGACGGGGGCCAAGAUCCGGGUUGGGGACGUUGGCGUGAUGCUGGAUAGCGACUACCGGCGGCGGGGGUUCGCGGCGGAGGCGAUCCGGCUGAGUGUGGCGUGGGGGUUUGCGAAGCUGGACGAGGGCGGACUGCAGCUGGAUAAGAUCACGGCGGGCACGUUGGUGGAGAACGAUGGUAUGGUGAAGCUUUUGGAGGAGAAGCUGGGGUGGAAGGGGAUAAGGCAGGCGAGUGAGGUGAAGGAGGGCAAAGAGGAGAUGUUUUAUGAGAUAUGGCCUCCAGGUAUCUAA